AUGUUUUUCAUUCUUAAAGAAAUUUAUCUGACAGUCUUAAGAAUGCCAGUGAAUUAUGAUCUCAAGAGAGCUUUGUGCGAGUCUGGUGAAGGAUUUGAGCGAGCAAAGCUGCAAUCAUCUGAGGCCAAAAGGGUCGAAACAGAUGCUAUGUUAUCUGGACUGAAGGCGAAGUCUAUGGAUCUGGAAAAGAAGUUGCAUGUUGCUGAAGUCAAGCUUGAGGAGGCAAAUAGAAAGAGACUGGAGUUGGGUAGGAAACUGGAAGAAGUUGAGACUCGCGACAGUUUGUUUCAAAGGGAGGUUGAAUUCUUCAUUGCAGAGCGUGGAGCGCAUGAAGCCACACUUUGUAAGAAGAAAAAAGAUUUGCAACAGUGGGAGAGAAGACUGCAAGAAAAGUUAUCCGAGCGCCUUAGAAUUACUACCGAGAGGGAGGUUAAGGUAGAUGAAACUGAGAAGGCUUUAAACCUUAAAGAUCAGGAACUUAAAAGAAUGGAAAAGGAAAUUAUUGUCAACACUUCAGUUUUGAAGAGGAAAGAGGAUGAUAUAAAUCACAGACUAGCAAAUUUAACAGCUCAAGAACAUAAAGUCGAGACUCUUAGGAUUGACCUGGAGAUGAAGGACAAGGAGUUCCUGGCUUUAACAGAAAAGCUGACUGCUAGGGAACGAGAAUUUGAGGUGGAGAUGGAUGGAAAAAGGAAGUCUCUUAACGACGAGGAGAGAAGUAGGCUGGAUGGCUUGCAAUACCGAGAAGAGGAGAUCACCGAUAGAGCAGAAAAGCUGGGUAAGCUUGAGUUAUCUUUGGAAAACAAGUCUGAAAGAAUUGAAGAGAAAGAGAAAGACCUAGAAGCGAAGUUGAUAACUUUAAAAGAGAAAGAGAAGCUACUCAAGUCAGAAGAGAAAAGGCUGGAUUCGGAAAAGGAGAGAAUUCUUGUCGAGAAGGCUUGUCUUAAAAGUUUUAAAGACGAGACUGAGAAGAGGAGGAAUGGUAUUAGCCAGCAGGAGAGGAAGAUUCAAGAAGAAAUUGAGAAACUCAAGACUGCUGAAGAAGAAAGGGCAGAAAAUAUUCGUUUGCAGUUGGAACUGAAAGAAGAGAUUCAGACUCGUGGCAAUUUGUUCCUAAAGGAGCGUGCGUCCUUCAUUGCAGAGCGUGAAGCACAGGAAGCCACUUUUUCUACUAAGGAAAAUGAUCUGCAAGAGCGGGAGAGAAAACUGCAAGAAGGUAAAGAUAAAUUAUGUGAGGGCCAGAGAAUUACUACUGAGAGGGAGGUAAAACUAAAUGAAUCUGAGAUGGCUUUAAAGCUUAAAGAGCGAGAUCUCAAAAAAGCGCAGAAGGAAAUUGACUUGAGCACCUCAGUUUUGAACAAAAAAGAGGAGGAUAUAAAUCACAGACUGGCAAAUUUAACAGAGCAAGAGCAAAAAGCCGAGGCUCUUAGGAGUGACCUGGAGAUGAAGGAUAAGGAGUUGCUGGCUUUGACAGAAAAGCUGACUGCUAGGGAAAGAGUGAGUAUCUACAUUAAGAUCUUAUAA